CUCAGGGAUGAUUCAUUUACCACACUGUGGCAUCAGUGUGUGAUAAAGGCUUUGGUGCUUUGGUACUUACAAAUUUGUUGCACUUUGAAAGUUAGUAUGAAAUUUUCUAAUGAAGUGCCCUACCAUCGGUAUUCUUGACUGAAUGUUUGGUUCAUCGUUGUGCAGCAGACUGUCUGGAAUCCUUGUUAAUUGAAAUAGUUUCUUCAUAAUUUGAAAUGGAAAAUCAAGCCAACCCACCGAUAUCCGACCAAGAAAAGCUCCGAAUUGUGUCCGAUUUCAUCCUACACUCCCCUCCGGGUGAAUUCAAUGAAGUUUUUAAUGAUGUCCGUGGUCUUCUAAACAAUGAUGUACUAUUGAAGGAAGGUGCUUGUGGGGCUUUUGCUCAAUAUAAUAAGGAUCAAUUCACCCCAGUCAAAAUUGAAAAUAGUGAUUCAUCAGUGCUAAUUACAGAACACAAUGAUUUAGGUAAUGGUCGGUUUUACGACCCUAGGUCCAAGCAAUCAUUUAGAUAUGACCACCUGCGGAAAGAAGCCUCUGAUUAUGAUAGUUAUGAACUGGAUCCAUCAACGGAAUCAUGGCGAGCGGCAAUAGAAGCAGAGUUUGACAACUACACAGUCUCGCAUUAUAAACAUGGAUUUUGUAGCGUGUUCUCCAAGAAGCAAGGUCCAUCGAUCACUUUAGUUGCUUGUAUCGAAGAUCAUCAGUUUCAGCCUAAAAAUUAUUGGAAUGGACGGUGGCGCUCUCAGUGGACCAUCACAAUAUCCUCAGGAACUGCUGAAUUAAAAGGUGUCCUUAAAGUACAAGUUCAUUAUUAUGAAGAUGGAAAUGUACAGUUGGUUAGCUCGAAAGAAGUCAAAGAGUCUGUCCCCAUUUCGAGUGAGGAACAAACUGCAAAAGAGUUAAUCAAGCUUGUCGAGGAUGCUGAGAAUGAAUAUCAGACAGCCAUUUCAGAGAACUAUCAAACUAUGUCAGACACAACUUUUAAAGCUUUGCGUCGACAGCUGCCUGUUAGGAGAACAAAGGUAGACUGGAAUAAAAUUAUAUCACUGCAAUAUUUGACUGUAUCGUUAAAAAAUCACAAUCAUAACGAAUGAAAGAGAAUCAUCCUCACUAUCGACAAUAUGUGUAUAAACAUACUUAACUCUGUAUAGAUAUCUAACAUAAUGUAGUACCUAUCACACAUCGUGUAGCACACAAGUACGUGACAUUAUGUGGUGCAUACCUAUACUGUAUGUAUUCAUACAUAUUUAUCCUCUCAUCCUGUACAUUUUCAAGAGUUUUA